AUGUUUCUGGUUUUACAUCAAUUCAAAACUCUCUGGCUGCUAUUUCUGAUAACCUUCAUACAAUGUGAAGGAAGUACUCAUGGAACCUUCUUUUCUUCGGUUCCUAAGGAAAUCAAUCAAACCACAUUUCCAAUUACCAUCAAGUCAAACUCGUCAUCGGAUGUCAUCUUAUUGAAACUUCCAGGUCACGAGUACAUCCACGAACAUGCAGAAGAUGAAUUUAAAGUAAACCCGAAGUUUGUUGAAUUUCCAUCAAUAUUUCGAAAUGAAAACAAAACAUUUCUUUGGAUAUCUCUGGUAUAUAGUCUGUCUCGACCCCAUUUAAUUGAUUGUGGAACUAUUACAAUAACGCACAGUAACGGAACACUUCAGAGAUUUAAAUGGAAGUUCAAUUUCAACUGGGAACUCGCACCAAAUCCUUAUAAGGUGGCAAAACGAGAGAAGAUAUCUAGCCAACUACUUCAUCCUGACGAAUGUGGCAAUGAUCAAGAAAAAAUUUUAAAACUUACAAGGGACAAGGGAGGCAAAUUAUUUCAACUCAAUUUAGUUAAUAAUAAAUUGAAAACAUCGGACGAGCUUCCACAUGUAAACAAACUCUAUUAUCUGUUUACAAUACCUGAAGAUAAUUCUCAAAAGGAGAUUGCAGAACCUUGUAUGAUCUUUAGAGCUGUCAAUGACAUGCCAGAAAUUUUAGUUAAAGGAUACAAUUCAACUCAAAUAAAGGUGAAUAGAAUACCAAUUGAUGUUAUAAAAUUUGACUAUUUGGAAAAGUUUCUUGAAAUUCAACUGCUUUUAACAGAUCAACCAACAUUUCAAGAUUUCUACAAAAACGAAGAAAUUUUAAUAAGCAAACUUUUAUACACAAAGGAUGGAGUUAAAGAAGUGCCAAACUCCAACAAAACUACUAAGGGUACCUUCUCAUUGAAUGGAUAUGAACUUUUAAAAUUCUCUUAUGAUUGGUCGUCGACUGCAAGCAACCGUAUGAUUACAAAAACAUUCUUUUUCGCACCGCCAGAAGAAAACUUUAAAUUUCCAUUGGAGUACAUUCUCUACGCAUCAAAUGAGACGGUGGUCAGACCAAAUUGCUCAAUCAAUAGAUUCAGUUUUGGAUACCUUUAUUCAGUUGAUUAUAUUAACAAUAAGAUAGUUAAUCUAACUGAGUUGAAUGCUAAUGGAGUAGCACAUGAUGGUUUGUAUCGCUCUGGUGAUUUUGUCUUUACAACAGAUGUUUCGAAUUUCAAUACAACUUUAAAAUGCCUUUACAAAACACCUAAUGGAGAAGUCACUUUAAUUCACUCGUUUUUACAUAAUGACAAAGCAAGUUUUGAAGUAGAUGAAAAUGGAAAAAGAUAUUUAAAUGUGGAUGAAGAUAAAGUAACUAUAAAUAAAAUUCAAAAAUCACGAUUUGAAAAAUUUAAAGAAACAUUUGGAACUACUGGUGCAAUUUCUAUUAUUGUUGGAAGUGUUAUUAUUGGUAUCUUAGUCUUUGUUGGCAUCAGUGUAUUAAUAUUUCUUAAGGCAAUAAAAUUACAUAUUAGAAGAAAGAAAUUAGCAUCUAAAUACCCCAAUAUAUUUGCAUUGUGGAAAGAAUUAUCAAAUGCAAAUUUGGAAGAGUACUGUAAGAUUGUUCAAAGCAAAAAAUAUAUUCCGGAUGUAUUGAAGAAGCAAUCGUUUUUAAAGAAAAUAGAAGGUGAUGAAGAGGUUGAAUUCAAUACAAGUACUCUUUUUGACACUUCUUUGGUCAAAUGUUUCAAAUCAAUCUUUGGAGAAAUAAGAGCUCAUUACAUUAAUGAUGUCUCACCGGAAAGAAAAUAUAUAAUUUCUGAUGGACCAGCACCUGAAAGUGUAAAAUAUUUUUGGGAGUUACUUUACAAAGAGGAUGUCGCAGUUGUUAUUUCAAUGAUUUAUCAAAAUAGUGAUGAAGACCCAGAAACAAAAAAUAAAUUGUUAUAUUGGCCAGAAAAAAACCAAACUUAUGGAAAUGUUACUGUUAAAUAUUUGGAGGAGCUUCCAACUAAUCUUCAAAAUGUUAAAGUAUUAAAAUUCAGCAUGACUAUGAAAGGAGAAAAGUCAAAGGAUCUGAUACUUUAUCAUGUCAUGCAUUGGAAGGAACAUACAAUACCCUAUUCAGAUUUACACUUCAUCAACUUACACUCUGAGGUUUCUGAAUGUGCUGGAAAUGGGAAUGUUCUUGUUCAUGCUUCACGUAGUGCUGGAUCACGUGUAUUCAUGUUUACAUAUUUUUGCUGUAUUUUGGAGGCAAUUAAAGCUGAUACUUCAGUUUAUAAUCCAAUGGAGAUUAUAAAAGAAGUUCGUGAAAAACGUUAUGGUGGAAACAUUUCUUCCAUUGAAUAUGCUUACUUAUUAAAAGCUCUUGUUACAUAUUUUUUUGACAAUCAAAUAUUAAUUGGUGAAAAUAAUCUGAGGUUUAAAUUUACCAAUGAAUAUGAUCGUUAUCUUUACAAGUUAGAUGCUUGUAAAGGCAGUAUGGAUAGAAGAUUCAAACUUUUUUUACAAUUUAUUAAUAUUCUUGAUGAAGGAAAAUUGGAUGAACUUUGUGUUCAAUUUAAUUACAUUGGAAUGAUGCGUAAAGAUGCUCUUAUACAAAACUGUCAACGUUAUUAUACUGCUAAAGGAAGUCUUCCAAAAAGAAACCGUUAUAACGAUAUAGAAUGUCUUGACAAAACAUCAGUUAAUGUUAAUGGAUAUGAUAUAAAUAAUGUACUUGGUUAUAUUCAUGCUAACCAAAUGGUUUAUAAAUAUGGUGAUGGAAAGGAAAGAAAAAUUAUUAUGUGUCAGGCACCAAUACAAACAACAGUUGAUGAUAUGCUUCGAGGUGGUAAAGGAGGUUUUGGAGCUUUAUUAAAAGCAUUUAGAAUAUCAAAAUCCUCAAAUCAAAGAGAUUCUAGAGAUUUGAGUGGUAGGCGAAUUUCUGAUAUAGAAGAAGAAAAACGAAUAUUAAAAUGGAUUGAAGGGCAAAGUAAACGUGAACUGGAGGCUGCUAAAAAGAAACUUGCAAAAUAUAUAAAAUGUAAAAAUUCAUUAGAUGGUGUUUCAAAACAUAAAAUUACAAAUGAUAAAUAUUUAAAAGUUAAAGCGUUGAUUGAUAGUGAAUUAAGUAGAGCUUUGGAGGAAACAAACAAUAUUGAUGAAGAAAAAAGUAGUGAUGAUAUUUGUGAUAAUAAAGAAAAAGAAGAGAUUACAAUUUCAGAAGAUGAAAAUGAAAAGAAUUUGGAAAAAGAAUCUGAUAACGAUAGUGACUGUGAUUUUUCAGAUUUAAAUGCUGGACCAAAUACAUUUGGAAAAUCAAAGAAAAAAAAAUCAUCUUAA